AUACAACUUGAAUUAGUAAUUACGUUUGUCGGCUUUUUUCCAAAUUGUAUUAAACAUUGAAUGCGUUUUUGUAUUUCAUAUUCAAUAUUUAUCAUAAUAUAGCAAAGUACUAAUUUAAAUUUAUUUUUACCCAAAAUGAGUCGCAAAGAAGCAUUAACACAGUUUAUACAACAAAUUCAUGGUCGCCCGGUUGUAGUGAAAUUGAAUAGUGGAGUCGAUUACAGAGGUGUAAUGGCUUGCAUAGAUGGUUACAUGAAUAUUGCUCUUGAACAAACAGAAGAGUACAUAAAUGGAGAACUUAAAAACAAAUUUGGAGACUCUUUUAUUCGUGGCAACAAUGUAUUGUAUAUUAGUACACAAAAAAGGAAAGGGGUAUAAUAUACUUUAUGAAUAAUGUUAUUUGUAUUCUCAAUUUAUAUGCUUGUGAAAAAUAAAAUCAAAUAAACUAAUAUUUAUAAGUUUUUGUAAUAGAUAUUAAAUAACCAUAAUUAAUUGGUGUUCCUUUAUAUUCAAAAAGUACCCUAUGUAAUUAUUAUAUUGAUUUUCAGGUUAUAAUUUUAGUUGUAUU